GUUUGCCUGAAUCUAUUAUUGCAGCAGCAUGUGCCAGAAGUGGCCAGAGUGUUCUUCAUGUUGAUUCGAGAAAUUACUAUGGUGGAAACUGGGCCAGCUUUAGUUUUUCAGGAUUACUGUCCUGGAUUAAAGAAAAUCAGCAAAAGACGGACAUCGAUGAUGAACAUGAAGACUGGAGAAAAUUGAUCCUUGAGAAUGAAGAAGUUAUUUCUCUUAGCAAGAAGGAUAAAACUAUUCAAAAUGUAGAAGUUUUCUGUUUUGGCGAUCAGGAUUCAGCUGAAGAUGUUGAAGAAGCUGGUGCACUGCCAAAACUGCCUGUCCUUGGGGACUUGGGUGCUGAGGGAGUUGCUCAGGAAUCGGAAGAAGAGUGCCCGCCAAUGCAGAGUGCCUUACCGGAGGUGGAGAGCCAGGAACCAGAAAAGGCUACAGGCACUGAGCCAGCAGGUGCUAUGGAAGGGAAUGGUACAGAAAUAACCUCCCAGAAUGCAAGUUCUCCUAGUACGGCUUUAGGCGAGUCAGCACUGGAAUUGGGAAAAAAUGAAGCUGCACCCUCAGAAACUUCUGCCCAGGAACAAAAGAAAAUUACGUAUUCCCAGAUUGUUAGAGAAGGCAGAAGGUUUAAUAUUGAUUUAGUUUCCAAGUUGCUAUACUCCCGAGGUCUGUUAAUUGACCUUCUGAUUAAGUCGAACGUUAGCAGAUAUGCAGAGUUUAAAAAUGCGACACGAAUCCUCGCCUUUCGAGAAGGAAGAGUAGAACAGGUACCUUGUUCUAGAGCAGAUGUCUUCAACAGCAAACAGCUCACUAUGGUGGAAAAGAGAAUGCUAAUGAAAUUUUUGACAUUUUGUUUGGACUAUGAACAACACCCUGAUGAAUACCAAGACUACGAAAACAAUACGUUUGCUCAGUUCUUAAGAACACGGAAGUUAACACCCAGCUUGCAGCACUUCAUUCUUCACUCUAUUGCAAUGGUUUCGGAGACUGAUUGCAGCACUCCUGAAGGUCUUCAGGCAACAAAAAAAUUUCUUCAGUGCCUUGGCCGCUAUGGCAAUACACCAUUUUUGUUUCCUCUUUAUGGUCAGGGUGAGAUCCCACAGUGCUUCUGCAGGAUGUGCGCUGUAUUUGGUGGUAUCUAUUGUCUUCGCCAUUCUGUGCAGUGCCUUGUAGUGGACAAAGGAUCUGGACGAUGCAAAGCUGUUGUGGAUCACUUUGGACAAAGAAUAAGUGCUAACUAUUUUAUUGUGGAAGACAGUUACCUGUCAGAGGCUGUAUGCACAAAUGUGUGUUACAGGCAGAUCUCCAGAGCAGUGCUCAUUACAGAUCAGUCUGUAUUAAACACAGAUUCGGAGCAGCAGGUUUCCAUUAUGACGGUGCCCCCAGUGGAUCCAGGAAAACCAGCAGUUUGCGUCAUUGAGUUGUGCUCCUCCACCAUGACAUGCAUGAAAGACACUUAUUUAGUCCAUUUUACCUGCCCAUCAACUAAAACUGCCAGGGAAGAUUUGGAGCCUGUUGUACAGAAGUUAUUCAAUCUAAAUACAGAAAAAGAGGCUGAAAAUGAAGAACUGGAAAAACCUAGAGUCCUUUGGGCAGUCUACUUCAACAUGAGAGAUUCUUCAGGAAUUGACAAAAAUUCAUAUGACCACUUACCCUCAAAUGUUUAUGUCUGUUCUGGACCAGAUGCUGCUUUAGGAAAUGACUGUGCUGUCAAACAGGCUGAGACUAUUUUCCAAGAAAUGUUUCCUACAGAGGAAUUUUGUCCACCACCACCAAAUCCAGAAGAUAUUAUUUAUGAUGAAGAUGAGAUUGCAACAGAAGAGUCUGGAUUCAGUAAUUCACCAGAGACAAAACCUGAAUCCUCAACUGAAGAAAGCAGUAGUGGAGGUAGUACUGCUGCUAAGAAAGAAGAAAAUGAAGAAUGAAUUAGCACUAUUCUCUUAGUAGAAGAGGAGGUUGACCCAAACUAAAAUGUAAGGGAGGAAGGGUAAGAAAAAAGAG